AUGGUUGAAGAAUCUGAGAAUUUAGCCACCGCCACCGCCGUAGAAGAGGAAACAGAGGAUGCAACAUCAAUGGCCAAGAACCACCACAAUCCUGCCGGAGACGAGUCGGACGCGGAGGAAGGGGAGAUCGUCGGCGACGAUCCGGAGAAAGCGUCCGUGGCGGCGCCGCUUCCGAAGCACCCCUUGGAGCAUUCGUGGACGUUCUGGUUCGACAAUCCUUCGGCAAAAGCUAAGCAGGCCGCGUGGGGAAGCUCAAUUCGCCCUAUCUAUACCUUCUCCACCGUCGAAGACUUCUGGAGUGUUUACAACAAUAUACACCACCCUAGCAAGCUGGCAGUUGGAGCAGAUUUUCACUGUUUCAAGAAUAAAAUAGAACCAAAAUGGGAAGAUCCUGUGUGUGCCAAUGGAGGAAAGUGGACUGCUACUUUCUCGAGGGGCAAAUCCGACACUUGUUGGCUCUAUACGUUACUGGCAAUGAUUGGAGAACAAUUUGAUUAUGGUGACGAGAUUUGUGGGGCAGUUAUCAAUGUCAGAGCAAGGCAAGAGAAAAUUUCUAUUUGGACAAAGAAUGCUGCAAAUGAAGCUGCUCAGCUAAGCAUUGGAAGACAGUGGAAGGAGUUUCUGGAUUAUAACGAUACGAUUGGUUUCAUAUUCCACGAUGAUGCUAAGAAGCUCGACAGGGCACCAGUUCCCCACAAUGAUAAAUCUGGACACCCCAAAAUCUGGCAUUGUUGA